UCAAGUUGAUAAACCUGGUCUGGUGUCUGAAUUGGAGCAAGAAGAUAAAGUGAUUACAGAGGAAAUCAGAAUUCUCCCAGGCAACUGUCCAGAUUUGGAGACUCUACUUAAAGCCAAAGGGUUAACUUCUAAGUAGCAUGUUUUUAGAAAAGAACAAUAUGAAGGUGUAAAAAUGGAAAGAAAUCAUCUUGGAGUGAAACUCAACAAAUGUAAUCAGUGCUUUAAAAUCUUCAGCACAAAAUCUAACCUCACUCAGCACAAGAGAAUUCAUACUGGAGAAAAACCCUAUGUCUGUAAUCAGUGUGGCAAAUCCUUCAGCAGUAGUUCUUACUUGACUGUUCAUAAGAGAAUACAUAAUGGGGAGAAACCCUGUGAAUGCACUGACUGCAGGAAAGCCUUCAGUAAUCCCUCUUCCCUUAGACUGCACGUGAGAAUUCACACUGGAGAAAAACCUUACAAAUGUAAUCAGUGUUUUCAUGUCUUCCGUACUAGAUGUAUCCUCAACAGGUACAAGAGAGUUCAUACUGGGGAGAAUCAUUAUGAAUGUAAUCAGUGUGGCAAGGCCUUCAGCACAAGGUCUUCCCUUACCGUGCACAACAGAAUUCAUACAGGGGAGAAACCUUAUGAGUGCCACGAUUGUGGGAAAGCCUUUAGGAAGAGCUCACAUCUGACCCAGCACGUGAGAACUCAUACUGGAGAAAAACCCUAUGAGUGUGAUCAGUGUGGAAAAUCCUUCAGCAGUAGUUUUCUCACUGUGCACAAGAGAAUACAUAAUGGAGAGAAACCCUAUGAAUGUAGUGACUGUGGGAAAGCGUUUAAUAAUCUCUCAUCUGUUAAGAAACACGUGAGAACUCACACUGGAGAAAAACCCUACGAAUGUAAUCAUUGUGGGAAAUCUUUCAGCAGUAACUCUUACCUUUCUGUGCACAAGAGAAUUCAUAAUAGGUAGAUAGGAAUGCAGUGACUAUGGGAAAGCAUUCAUUGGUUUCUCAUCCCUCUGACAUCUUGGGAACUCAUGCUGGAUGUAGAAAUUAUCUUUGCAUAACAAAUUAGCCCCAAAACUUAGUGCUUUAAAGCAACAAACAUUUAUUAUCUCACAAUUUAUGUAGGUCAGGGGUUCAGAAAUGGAUUAGCUAUGUCUUUCUGGUUCUAGUUCCCUCACGAGGUUGCAACCAAUAUGUUGACCAGAACUGCAGUCACCUAAAGUCUUUAGGACUGACGGGUCCACUUUGAAGAUUGAUUAUUCACAUUGCUGACAAACUAGUGCCAGUUGUUGGCAUGGGACCUGUGGUUCCUUGCCAUGUAGGCCUCUCUGCAGUGAUGAGUGUCUUUAUAAUAUGGCAGCAAGUUCUCCCCAAAUAAUGUGAUCCAAAAGAGCCAAUGCAGAAGCCAUAAUGUCUUUUAUGACCUAGCCGCAGGAUAUAUUCUCUUCAUCUGUAUUGUGUUGGUCACCCACACUGGUUCUGACAGUGUGGGAGGAAACUACACAAGAUAUGGAUACAAGGAGACAGAAAACACUGGGAACCAUCUUGGAGAUCGAUCAUGACUCAGUGAAGAAAAGCUAUCAGCAGAUCCUCCUUCUAAUCCAGUCAAUAUGGAAUACCAUUCAAUAGCCCAAAUGUUAACUCACUGUGGAGAGAAACCCUAUAAGUGCCGACUUUGCGGUAAAACUUUUACCUCAAACUCUCACAGAAGUAAAAAAAAUUACCAACUGGGGAGAAACAGGAGGAAUGCAUUGGCUAAAGGAAAGCCUUUCGUGGUAUCUUGUGAAUCACAUGAAAUUCACACGAAGGGAAAACCCUAUGAAUAUCAUCAAAAUGGAAAACUCUUCAGAAGACACUCAUCCUUUAAGACAUACAUAAGAAAUCACACUGUACAGGAACACUGUAUAUAAGGAAUAUGGAAGGAAACAAUUGGCACUCUCCGCUCUACUUUACUCUCCCCUGCUCUGUGCCUCAAGAGGUUAAUAGACUAUAUCAGUGGGCUCAUAUAUCUCAGGCUUCUGUUUGGGUUGGUCAGUGGGGAGCCCAGGUGGGAGAUCAGAGGGAUAGAGGAGAGUGAGUCCACCCCACAGCAUAUCCCUGCAGGAGAAUUGGGUUCUGGAUGCUACACUUGGCCACUUUUCAGUCCCUGUAGUGCAGCCCUCUCCCCUCUUCCUACCAUGCCCCAAAUUUUCAAUAAUCACUCCCUCCUCUGUCCUCUCCUUCCUUGUUCUUCUUCCAGUCAUUGAAUAUGCACUAUCCCUUUUUUGUUUCCCUACACCCUGCCUGCAAUUGUUCUGGUAUAGUGAUACACCAAUGUACUGAGAAUAUAAUGAAAGGUCUUUACCAUUUUCUACAAGGCCCCAAACAAUUCAGAUCCACUGCAGAGCCGACCUCACCUUCCACCAUUCCUGUUUACUUCCUACACUAUAGUUGCGCUGGUCUUGCUGUAGCCCCAUCAUCCCAGCACAGUUCAAUAUCAGGGUCUCUGUAAUGCCUAGACUGAUAUUCCCAACAUAGCUACAUAGCUCACUCGCUCAGUUUACUUAGGUUUCUGCCAAAAUGUCACUUGAAUUGAAAGGCUUUCAUUCCCACUCCAAAUAUAUGAGCAAGUCUCCAGUUCCCAUGUUUAUUAUCUUUAUUGGGAGUUAUUCAUCUCAAUAGCACUUACCACCAUCUGACUGACUCUAUAUAUACCUCUUUAUUUGACUAAUAUUUAUUCCCCAUCCCAACCCCCACUAUGUUGUGAACACCAUGAAAGCAAGGACUGUGUGUUUGAUUUAUCACUGUAGAUCCUGUACCAUAGCCACGCCUGGUACAGAGACAGUGUUCUAUUGCAUAGCAAUUAGGAGUAUGGACUCUGGAGAGAAACUAUUUGAGUUCAAGUCCAGACCCUACUGCUUAAUCACCUGCUUACCUCAGGCAAGUAACAAACACUUUGUGCCAGUUUUUUCAUUUAUAAAAUGCUAACGAGAGUGCCUACUUUGUAAACUUGUAUUGAAGGUUCAAUUAAUUAAUAUAUGUAAAGCACUUGGGAGACUGCCUGGUAUAUAGGAAACGCUAUAUAUAUAUUUCAUUUUUUAUUGUGAAUUAAUUAAAAUUAAUUGUAGGAUUAUACCAAGCAAAACAAGCCAGACACAAAAACGUAAAUACUGUAUGAUUCUAUUUACAUAGAUUUCUAGAACAGGCAGAAAAUAAUCUGGAGGGGGGUGGAGAACAGGGGUUGCAACUAAGUGUGAGGCAAGGGAUGUGAGGCAGUAGCUUGGAUUGACUGGGAAAGGACAAGAAGGAACUUCACAGGGUGAGAAAAUGUUUUAUGUCUUGAUAGGAGUAUAAGUUACACAGAUAUAUUUAUUUGGCAGGAUGCAUCAAACUGUACACUUAAGAUCUGUACAUUGCACUGCAUGUAAGUUAUGCCUCAAUUUAAAACUCAAUUCGCUAAGUGAAAGAGACAAAAAGCCACAUGUUGUAUGAUUCCGUUGUAUGACAUUCUGGAAAAGACAACCUGUGGGGAAGGACAAAUCAGUAGUUGCUAGGGAUAAGAGGUAGAAGAUAGGAUAACUACAAAGGCAUAGCACAAGGGAAUUCAGGAGUUUUGGUACUAUCCUAUAGCAUGACAAAUCUCUCUGUAUUUUUUCAAAACUUACGGAACAUUAAACCACAAAGAGUGAAUAUUAUUAUCGGUUAAAACAAAAUACAAUCACGAGGUAGCAGAGGUAACACAGAAUGGAAUACAGACUAUAACAAAUGAACUUAACUGUAUUACAAAUGAAUAUCAUAACCACACUGAAGAGGAUGGAGAAGAAACCUAACUUACUUAGGAAAACUGUAUUUUGACCAGAUACUAUAAGGCUAAAAGCAAAAAGAACUGUACAGAAAUCCUGUACUAGAGUUAAUAAAUUUGUUUCUCUCAAGGGUAUGGGUUGGCAAUUCUGAACCACUUUAUGUAUAUACUAGGGUUGGACAACUAAGUAUAUAUGUUGUAGAUCCUUAAAGCCAGUUUCUUGCUCUCAGAGACGUUACAAACAAGGAAAGAGAAAGGCUAGAGUGGACCCUGUGGUGUUGGAUUGGAAUUGGAGAUAGAAGUAAGAACUUGGGGUUUCUUGAAAGAUGAUGAUAGAUACGUACAUAGAUACAUAACUAGAUAAGCACAGAGGUAUGCAUAUGCCUGAAGUGGAGUACAUACAUAUAUUUUCAACCUCUGUCAACAGAGAAGAAGACCUAGAAGCGGUGGCACUUCAGUAGCAAUGAGUACACCUGGCACCUAGAUCUAGGUUUGUAAAUGCCAUUCUCAAAAAAAGGGGAUGGUAACCAGGGCUCCUUGGAGAAGUGGUUAAUUCCAGGGCUAGGGCAGAGAAAAUAUAAAAUGAUCCUGGAAUAGCUUGCAAUGCCAUAAAGUAAAGUAAAGAAAUGCUCAAAAGGUGCUGGGUGCUUGUUGAAAAAACACAGGUGCCAACCUAAAUGCUCUUUUAAUAGAGAAGGAAGAGUCCCAGGGAGGUCCAAAAAACCUGCCUAAAUAUUUCCUUCGGGUCUUUGAAAAACACUUAACCUGUAACUACGCAGGAAAAGUCACUAGGAGGCUUAGCCAAGAAUAGCUACUGAAAGGUGAAGAGUGGCACAGAAAUUUAAGAGGACACACAUUCUAGGAAUUGGAGUUGGUUUUUGGACUCAUCCACAGUGGAGUGAUCUUGGGGAAAACCCAUUUCAACCAAUACCCUAGAAAUGCCACACCAUGAUAUGUACCAUGCACUAAGAGGGAAAGAUACACCUUAGGAGUAAGUGCAAAAUUGAAAUAAACCUGCCCUUACAAAAUUUAAAAACUCGAGGUGAUACAUUAGUCUAUAACUGCCUGCCAUUACAAAACUUAAUCAUUAGAAGAAUAAUCAAGAGCCUCUACAACGUAUCAUUAACAAUGUCCAGCACACAAUAAAAAAAUACUAGACAUGCAAAGAAACAGGAGAAGGUACCAAUUAUGAAUGUGUAAGUCAAUAGAGGCUGACCCAGAAACAAUCCAGGUAUUGGAGUCAGCAGACAAGGACUUCAAAAUAAUUAUGAAAAAUAUGUUUUUUUAAAUGAAGGAAAUGGGCA